GCAGGGUCCCCAAUUUAUUUCAGAGCUCUGCUUCACCUCUGGAGUCUCCACACUCUGAACAUCCUCACAUCGGGGUUCCUACUCAGGGAGCAUGGGGAAGAGAAUGACUUUGGGGAAGUGGCCUAGGCAAGCUCGUGAACCUGGGUCCCAUGGUCCUGGGACCCUCCCCAGCUUCUUGGUUGCACUAAGCCUGCUGCUUCUGGCCGUGCUGCUGCUGUGUGUCCCUGCAGGGACCCUGACCUGCAUCGGGGACUCGGGCCAGCCAGUGGACUGGUUUGUCAUCUACAAGCUCCCUGCCAAGUGUAAGAACAGCCCUGGAGAGCCCAGUGCACCUGAGGACUGCACGGAUGGUUCUGAAGUGCCUGAUGGUCUUCAGUACAAGUACUUGGAUGCCAACUCAGGCAGCUGGCAGGAUGGUGUGGGCCCCAUCAGCAGCCAGCAGGGGGCCCUGGGCCUCACCCUGAGUCCACUCUAUGGAGACUAUACCAGCCAGCUCGCCUUCCUGCUCUACAAUGACCAGCCCCCAACCACCCUGCUCAGUGAGGCCCCCACUGUGACUCAUGGACACGCCAAGGGCCUGGUGCUCCUGGACCAAGAUGGGGGUUUCUGGAUGGUUCACAGUGUGCCCAGGUUCCCUCCACCUUCCCAAACUCAUGAGUACCGCUGGCCCUCCAAUGCGCUCACAUAUGGGCAGACGCUGUUGUGCGUAUCCUUUCCUCUGGCGCAGUUCCGAAAAAUUGGCAAACAGCUCAACUACACCUACCCCCUGGUGUACGACAGUCAGUUGGAGGGGAACAUUGGACAGCAGCUGCCUGAGCUGGCGGAUGUGAUUCGGGGCCAACACGUGUACCAGCCCCCAUGGAACAGGAGUGUGACCCUCACAUCCAGGGCUGGCGCCACCUUCUGGAGUUUCACCAAGUAUACAAAGUUCGAAGAUGAACUGUACGCAGGGUGGCUGGCAGCAACUCUCAGCAGUGACCUGCAGGUACAGUUCUGGCGCCGGCGGGUCAUGCCCUCCAACUGCUCCGGCCUGUACCAUGUGUUUGAUGUCACCCAGAUCAGCUUUCCUGGUGGACCAACCUACAACUCCACCAAAGACCACUCCAAGUGGUGCGUCGCCUCUGACAAGCCCUGGACCUGUGUGUCUGAUCUGAAUCGAAACUACGGGGGGUACCUCCGAAGUGGGGGUGCACUGUGCGCUCAGAUGCCCAAUCUCUGGAAUGCCUUCAAGUCUCUGGUGGCCAGGUACCAACCCUGCCCACAGGAGACCGUCUCUCCAGACCUCGUGGAGAAUAUGAACAGUGAGCUCUGAGCUCUCAGUAUACACACCUGGGAAAUGGGAAACUUGGGGGCCUGCCUCAGACUCCUGGGGAAUAAAGAGAAUGUAGAAGAUGCAA